CUCAUUGGCCAUUCCCCCAGGUUUCAGAACGCUUCGGCAGUUCCGUUUCCGCUCCCAGCGGCCAAGCUUAAUUUCAUAAACUGAUUCAGUUCAGUCCGUUCACGAAAAAAAAAAGUUUCCUUCUUCUCGAAUGGAGAGGGCACAAUAACACGUUUUGGAACGAAAAGAGUGGGACGCGUUCACAACGACACUAAUAAGGAAGCUUGAAAAAAAAAAAAAAAAAAAAAACCUACCCCGUCCCCGACUAUGCGCUUGUCCUGCGUUCUCCUGGCAAAGGGUAGGUAGGAGGGAUGCGAGGAGCGCGUCCUAUUGGUUGUCAGAGGACGUGGCUCCGCUCAUCUGGGUAGAACUUUUAUUUACAGUGUGCAAACUUGACUGAGAGCAGCAAUGUCUGAGCAAACCAAGCCCGUCUUGCAUGGAUACUUCAGAAGCUCCUGCUCGUGGCGGGUACGCAUCGCUUUCGCCCUGAAAGGUAUCGAAUAUGACCAGGUGCCAGUCAAUCUCAUCAAAGAUGGAGGUCAGCAGCUUACGGAGGACUACAAGACUUUAAACCCGAUGCAACAAGUGCCCGCGGUGGAAAUUGACGGCAUCACCCUUUGUCAGUCGCUGGCGGUGAUCCAGUAUCUCGAUGAGACCAGGCCCGGACCGCGUCUCCUUCCGUCUGACCCCAAAAAAAGGGCCCAGGUUCGGAUGAUAAGCGAUCUCAUCGCCUCUGGGAUACAACCUCUGCAGAAUCUACACGUAAUCCAAAAGAUCGGAGCAGAGAAAGUGCAGUGGGCGCAAUACUUCAUUAAACGAGGGUUUGAAGCUCUGGAGCCUCUGCUGAAGCAAACAGCCGGGAAAUAUUGUGUGGGUGAUGAGAUAUCCAUGGCUGACAUCUGUCUGGUCCCACAAGUCUACAAUGCAGAAAGAUUUAAAGUGGACAUGAGCCUGUUUCCAACUAUCCAAAGACUGAAUCAAACCUUAGCGGAGGUUGACGCCUUCCAAGUGAGCCAUCCAUCUUGCCAACCCGACACGCCUGUUGACCUCCGAGCAUAAAGAACCGCUGCUCUGCCGCUAUGUACACUUUGUUAAUAAAAUGCUUUGA